AUGUCUGAAGUGAGAGGAAUUGGAAAGGACUUUGACCAGCUAUCUUUAAUAAUAGAUGUCUGGCCAUGCUACAUGCACGACAUUGUCACACUUCCUGGUGCACCUGCCGGCGACUAUGCUUCAUUCUUCAUCAAUAGUAACGACUAUUCGUUCGCGUUGUCGACGGUCACCAAUGGUGAUCUGACGAAUCGCUUCAAGUGGGUAAUUCAAUCUGCUCGUACCCAGAACCCCAACAUCAAGAUCAUUGCACUUCAAUUCUACGGCGAACCUGCUGCCCCCCCUGGCCAGGCGGAUUUUAGAAUCUUCAACAACAACUUGAACAGUAUCGGCACAUAUGCUGACUCGGUCGCAAACUCUAUCAACACUUGGUACAAUGCAACGUUACCUUCAAUCCCAGCAGGUGGUGACGACGUAUCUGCUCGAAUCAAUGGAUGGGAUGUGGAUGUUGAGUAUGGAACAAUGCAGCCGCCCCUUCCAAAAAUCCUCGUCGCAGUGCGUACGAGCCUCAAUAAUCUGAGUGCUAAGCUUGGUACCACGCCUGGCGGUGGUGGUGCGCCGAAAUUCUCUGUGUCAAUCACACCAGCCUGGACUAACUAUCUCAAUGAUCCAAGCGUGGCACAAUCCGUGGACUACAUUAUUAUGCAGAACUAUGAUGGUGGCCGUUUUACCCUACCCUUGAACUACACACAAGCGAUUCCAAGGCUUACAUACUCCAAAUUGAAUUGGGGGUUCAGCUCCGAGACGCCGAACAAAAAUGCUACCUUCCCCUUCCCUCUGGUGAAACAACUGAUUCUGGAUGCUGCAUUCGAAGCUACAUCCGAGAGUCGGGGGAUUUGGACAUGGCGCAUUAACACUCCUGACACUUACCCUUAUGAAAACAUCUUUCAGGUAUGGCUCUACAACAUUGCUCACAAAACCAACUUGCCGACCACCAAGACCGAGGAUAUUGUGGCUAAGUAUUGGCCGACUGGUGGUCGUGGUGCGAAUGGGAAGGCGUUGACGGCCGCGCAAAUGAUCUAG